AUGGAGGAGAUCGGCAAGGGAGUCUACGGCUCUGUGUGGCGUGCAGAGGAGUUGAACUCGCUGGAGACCUUCGCGAUUAAGAAGCUACACCUGGACCAGGAGUAUUGGACGGAUGGCAUUCCAGUCCACACGCUACGGGAGAUCUCAUUGUUGCGGAAGUUCCGUCACCAAAACAUCGUCCAGCUCAAGGACGUUUUGGAGGCGGGAUAUAUGGACAUCCGCCUCGUCUUCGAGUACCUUCCAUGUGAUCUCUUUGAGACGCUGAGGGCUUUGAGGAGGAACGACCAGAUGAUGCCGAUGGAGGCCUUGCGACGGUAUAGCUCGGACUUGCUGGAGGGCUUGUUCGCAUGUCAUGUCAGGGGGAUCAUUCAUCGGGAUUUGAAGCCUCAGAACAUUCUGCUGACUCCUGAGGGCUCUUUGAAGAUCGCAGACUUCGGUCUCUCGCGGCGACUGCACAGCCCUGACCGGAGCUACACUGUGGAGGUCAUCACCUUGUGGUACAGGGCACCCGAGUUGCUCUUGGGAGCACUGCGCUACUACACGGAGGUGGAUAUUUGGUCCGCGGGCUGCGUGAUCGCUGAGAUGGCGGCCAAUCGUCCACUCUUCUGUGGAGAUUCCGAAGUGGAUACUCUCUUCAAGAUCUUUCGACUUCGGGGCUCGCCGAGCGAUGAGAACUGGCCCAAUGGACGCACCCUGCGCUAUUGGAAAGACAGGUAUCCGAAGUGGGAUCCGCCCGAGCAGCUGCAGCCGCUGCUGGGGCGUCGGCCGGAACUGGGUGAGCCCAUCCAUGGGAAUGGCCGCUUGGGCAAGCUUCUGUGCCUUGAUCCCGAGCAACGCCCCAACGCGCGCCGCGCCAAGAUGCAUCCCUUCUUGGCCGAGCGGCACGUGUUGCCCCACGAGCCGAAUCCGGCGUUGGAAUGA